AUGAAGGCAAAUCGUGAAUGGCAGAAGCCUAGUUUUGACGAAGAAAAGAAAAGUCUGACAGAGUUCCUUCAAUCUUUCACUGAUCCUGACUUAGAACCAGACCCAAAUUUCGGUCGUUUACCUUAUCUGAUCCAACUAAAACAAAUUGCGGAUAGAGACAGAAGUUUGAUCGAAAUAUAUUUAGAAGAUUUAUCCCAAUCCCUCCAGCCUUCCCUAUAUUUAAAAAUAAAUAAAAAAAUGCCUAUCCUCAUUAAUAUAGCAUAGAAAGCUUUUUAACAAGAAGCGAAGAUGCAAGAUUAGUCGAGAACAUUAAGGCAAACACCAAAAGAUACCAAAAACUGUUCAUGGACGUCGUAGACAGCAUUUUACCUACACCUACAAGAGAUUUCCCUAAAACAGUCCAAGAUGUUAUAUUGGAGCAGCGACUUACAAAUGACAACAAAAAUAAGCUGCCUCCAGAAAUACUGAGAAGAUAUGACCUUAUUAUUUCGCAUCGUCCAGGGCUGAAAUUUCCAAUUUUCCCAUUAAGAAAGGUCGACUCGAAAAAUGUUGGAAAUUUAAUUUCCGUUAAAGGUGUCGUUACAAGGGCGACUGAGGUAAAACCUCAUAUGGCUGUUGCGUCAUUUGUAUGUGAUGUAUGUGGCCAUGAAGAGUUUAAGACUGUAGGAGGGUUGUCGUAUUUACCGUUGGUAGAGUGUACAUCUGACGUUUGUAAAGCUAGUAUACUGCAUAUUAUAAGUAAAAAUAAUUUAUAUAUUAUUAUAAAAGUUUGGUAAUGAAACUAAAUAGAAUAAUUCUCGUGGAAAUCUUCAUCAUCAAACCAGAGGUUCUAAAUUUGUCUCAUUCCAAGAAAUUCGUAUUCAAGAACCAUCUGACCAAGUUCCAAUGGGCCAAGUCCCGAGGUCUAUGAAAGUUUACGCUUAUAGUGCAGCCACCCGACAAUGCACCCCAGGAGACCUUGUAACCAUUACAGGUCCUCUCCUAACAAUGCCUUAUCUUGGCUUCAGAGCUGUCACAGCUGGGCUUAUCCACGAUACUUAUAUAGAAGCCUUCAAAAUCACCCGCGAAAAAAAGUCUUAUAAAGAUACCUCCCUCAGUGCUGAAAUGGUCGAAAGAAUUCACAGUGAGCGACAAGGCCAAGACAUGUAUACAAGGCUAUCAAGGUCUAUCGCCCCUGAAAUCCAUGGCCUUGAAGACGUCAAAAAAGCUUUACUUUUAUUAUUAGUCGGAGGAGUUUCCAAAGAAAUGUCUGACGGCAUGAAAAUCAGAGGCGACAUUAAUAUUUUGCUUAUGGGAGACCCAGGGGUCGCCAAAAGCCAACUUUUGAAGCAUAUUUCGGUUCUGGCUCCAAGAGGGAUUUAUACGACAGGAAAAGGGUCAUCAGGGGUAGGUUUGACUGCUGCUGUGCUAAAAGACACGAUUACAGGAGAAAUGACCUUGGAAGGAGGUGCACUUGUCCUGGCUGACCAAGGGAUUUGUUGUAUUGAUGAAUUUGAUAAAAUGGACGAGAGGGAUAGGACGUCAAUUCAUGAAGUUAUGGAGCAGCAAAGUGUGUCUAUUGCAAAAGCAGGGAUUACGACAACGUUAAAUGCGAGGACUUCGAUAUUGGCAGCUGCAAAUCCACUGUAUGGAAGAUAUGAUAGAAAAAAAACUCCUCAUGAAAAUAUUAAUCUGCCUGCUGCGCUACUGUCAAGGUUUGAUCUAGUUUUUUUGCUGCUGGAUGCUCCUGAUCCUCAAUCUGAUCUUUCUUUGGCAGAAGCAGUCACCUUUGUGCAUCAGCAUCUUAAAGCGAAAGAAAAAGACCAUUUUGUGCCUUUGGAUGCGAAUUUCAUGAGGGCCUAUAUAGCUGAAGCAAAAAGAAUGGAGCCGAUAAUUCCUUCUGGUCUGCAUAAUUUUAUUAUCCAAAAAUAUGUAGAAAAACGCUUACUUCUGCAAAAUUUUUUUUUUUGAAUUAAUUUUUUUUAAUUUUAAUUUAAUAAAAAAUAUUUAUUUUUCAUUUUAUUAUAUAAAGAGUUAGAACAAACUGAUAUAAAUAAAAUUGGCUAUGUUUAUGUAACACCCAGAACUUUACUAGGGAUUAUCCGUUUAGCUCAAGGACUAGCAAGAUUAAGGUUCAGCGAAACAGUCGACCAAGACGAUAUAGAAGAAGCUUUAAGAUUAAUGGAAUCUUCCAGAGCUUCUGUCAACAUAGAUAAUGCACCAAAGCAGCGAAUUGACCCGAUUUCAGCAAUUAUCAAAAUCAUUAAAGAAGAAUGCAAAAAGAGUGACAAUUCGACAUCAGAUAUUGCAGGGAUUGAAAGACGAGUCUUAGCCAAAGGGUUUUCUCAAGACGAAUUGCAGGAAUGUAUCACUACAUAUGCAGAUUUAAACGUACUUCUGGUCAGUAACUCAGGAAACUUGGUGACUUUAGUUAGAUAA